AUGCCGUCAAUUUUGGCCAAUAUCAGUCGCCUGCUGAUCAACGGUGAAAUACUUAGAAAAGGAUUCUUGUCGUUGAAAAACCUGGAAUUCAGCACCAGUACUCGAUUCGAAGUGUCGGACAAACGCCUACAGGAUUUCUUUAGUAAUCCGAAAAUUCAUAAUCUACUUCGCCUUAUAACCUACCGAAAUGUGGAGGCUGCUCAUAAACCACGUUUUCGCCGUUUACAUGAAGACAGCAUCAAGAUGUUGAGUGAAAAAGAGUUGGAAGCGGUACAAGUGUUUAGCUCCGCGUUUACUUCACAAAGGCUUCAGAUGCCCCCAGUCUUAGCUGCACGAAAUGACAACGAUACUGGUCGAUUAAUUAGUUCGGAUCGGGGUUUACAGGGUUUGCUCCCCAGUAAUUAUCGAUUAGUGUUCACGGACAUCAGCCUGGGUCGCACCAGAAGAAAUCGACUCAUUGUUAUUCGGGAGCCCAACGGAGAUCUGCGACAUGCGUCGAUGGCCGAACGUGACAGGAUCAAUAGUGUCUAUUUUCCUUUGCCUGGCCGGCGGCUUCGUACUCCCCUUAUGUUUUCACCAGAGUAUCUCCAAGGUAUGCUUGAACGGCGUCAGUUCCUCUACAUCUUAGAUAGAGCGUGUGCCCAGUUUGAACCGGAUGAUCCUCAAUAUAUUCGUGUGUGCCAUGCCGUCUAUGAUGCUGUCAACCAACUAGCUUGGACCCCAAUACACACGGAUUUGGACGAAUUAAAUCCGUUACGGAGCCUGCGUCACACUCGUCACUUCGGCCCAAUGGUGUUGUAUAUGAUCCUGUUCGUGGACAACGACCCACUUAGUGAUCCUCAUCGACGUCUCUUGAAGCAACAGAUCCAUUUGUGUCGGGAGGGUCUAAACGCGAAUGAAACAUUGAGAACAGUCAAUUGA